AAACCGACCUUUCAUUUCUUUUCGCUGGAUAUGGCUUGAAACGUUUGUAAUAACGGAUAAAAAUCACACAGCAGUUGCUAAAAAAGCACAUGAAAAGAAACAACCUUUUCCGGCGCCGGUGAAACCAAUGGCCGCCGGGACGAGCAACAUUCUCGCAUGCGCCUUCACUCCGCCGCCUACACUCAGACCCACUUCUGCCAGGAACUCAACCCGAAUCUCAAUCUUUCACCCUCUGAAAUUCCAUACCCUCGCUUGCCCCGCCGUAGCCACCAAAGUCUCAACGAUUCCCGGAGAUCGAUUCCCCCAAAUACGUCGGCGUUCCCUCAAUACACCGAGUUCGCAGGAUUCUGCCCUGGAAGAGGACGAGCUGGGAGGAGUAGACGGCGGCGGGAAUGGAGGGGGCGACGGAGACGGAUGGGCCUGGACGACGUCGUUUCUGCUUUUCGGGGUUUGGGCCGGUCUCAUGUACUAUGUGUUCUUCCUCUCCCCUAAUCAAACCCCGUCUACAGAUUUGUAUUUCCUGAAAAAGCUCCUCAAUUUGAAAGGAAACGAUGGAUUCCGAAUGAAUGAAGUUCUUGUGUCCCUCUGGUACCUAAUGGGCUUAUGGCCAUUAGUUUACAGUAUGCUCCUGCUUCCUACCGCUAGAACGCAAAGAAACAGGAUUCCUGUCUGGCCCUUUCUCAUCCUUUCGUUCUUUGGCGGAGUGUAUGCUCUCCUUCCUUUCUUUAUUCUAUGGAAGCCCCCACCUCCACCCGUUGAAGAAACAGAGCUCAGAAGAUGGCCUCUGAAUUUCCUCGAAUCAAAAUUAACUUCUGGGGCUCUAUUGGCUUCAGGGCUAGGAUUAAUAGUUUAUGCAGGCAUUUCUAAUGGGGAUGUCUGGAAGGAAUUCUACCAGUACUUUAGACAGAGCAGAUUUAUCCAUGUAAUGUCGAUUGAUUUCAUUUUACUGUCAGCAUUUGCACCAUUUUGGGUUUUCAAUGACAUGACAACUCGAAAAUGGUACGACAAGGGCUCCUGGCUUCUUCCUCUAUCAGCCAUUCCAUUAUUGGGUCCCGCAUUAUACCUUCUCUUGCGCCCGCCCCUGCUAACGGCAAAGGUCUUAUCAAGCUCAAGUCGCGAGACCAAGUAAGCACCACAAAACAAACUUUUUGUUAUCAUAUGAAGUAUGAACUGCUGUGGCACAAAUUCUUCCCAUGAAAAGUAAUACUACCUUUUAGUUGGUUUUAUUGUAUGUGUCCCUAUAUUAUGCUCUAUACAUGCUCAUUUACGGGUACAAGUUAAAGAAUACUCAUUUCGCACAGUUAUUUCUUUGC